AUUUAACUUUGAUCGGGUCAAGGCUAACAAAAUUUCAGGCCCAAGUUUUGCUAACAAUAAUCCGUUCAUCUGGGGCGAUUGCUUUCAGAAAAUAUCUCGAAUGCAUAAUUUAAGGGAUACUCUGGGGCCCUCUAAUGAGAUAACGGUCUAUGUUGAUUUUAGUCAACUCCUGCAUUAUUGGCCAGAAGACAAAGACCAGAAGCUUAACACAAUCCUAUCGCGGCAAACUCUUACGGAGAGUGGCUCUGAUUCUUGGGACGGCGGAGGCUAUGCCGAAUACAAGCGCAUAAAUAACUAUCCAGAAAAUAUGCAUGGGAAAAAUCCUCCAGAGAAAGGUGAGGCGCAGAAGCGUCCCUCCAGCCCGACGAAUGCCGCCCAGGACACACCCUCAAUAUCGAUUCAGCCCUUGCAACUUGCUCGGGAUUUUUGGACGCAGGUGAACAAUGUACCUUCCAUGGUACGUGGCCAAAUGGAUCGACGCAGUCGCUCUGUAAGCGCUCCGGCAUCGCAAACCGAGUCUCGUCGUGAAGAUCAGCAGGACGAGAAAGUCAGCACAGGAAGCUUGCAGCCAACUGAAAUCUACAAACGAAAAUCGAAUCAGUCGGGCGGAGGAGCAUCAUGCUCAACUUGUCCCAAUAGGCCAGCCAGCAGCGGCUAUAUACUCUCGAACAAUGGGGUAUGCUACGAUCCGAUGCGGCCACAGACAUCAGGUUCGCCGGAAGAAAGAGGCUUUGAUCUGAGCUAUGAGAAAUGGCUACGGAUGCAAAAGCAGCAGCAGAUGCAGCUGCAGCAACAACUGCAGCAGGGCCCCUCCUCCAAUGGCAACUGGCAAUGCAAGGAUCAGACCUAUGAGAAUUUUGAGCCUCCACUUAAUAGCACAAUGAAUGCCGGCAGGCAGCCCUGCACACGCUCGUCCUGUGGACAUCUGCGCGCACAGCAGCAGCAGCAGCAGAAGCAACCACAGCAGCAGCAGCCACAGCAGGCAAAGCCUUCAUGCUGCCAGAACGUUGAUCCGAAUCAGAGUCAAGCAUAUUCCGCCCGGCCAACGGCACAAAGGCAGUCAGCGGCAGCUACAUGCCAAGUGGUUUACCCCCAGCGGCAGCAGGCAGCUGGGAACACGUCCUGUACGCCGAUGCAGCAGCGGGACUGCAACGAUUCUUAUGACACGACGACCUAUAUGCAGUUGCCCCAGGCGCAGCAGAGGGCGCCUUGUAUGAGGGGUCCCGUUAUGCAGGCGAAUGCGAAUGUGACUUUCUUUGAUACGAAUCCGUUGUCCUCAACUACCAAUCGCACUCAGCAAUCGUGUGCAGCAUGCUCCAAUGAUAGCUGGCAGGGCACGACUCAGAAAUCGUUUAUGCCGCUUAUGAAUUCAACUCAAAUAGGCCAGCCUUACGGUCAAAAGGCUCCAGGACCCGGUCCCGGUCCCGGUCCCAGUCUUGGUCCUGGUCUCGGUCCCACAUCCGACCAAAAACAAUUGCGAGUAACGCCCUUUGUCGACGAUUCGACUCCUGAGCAACGGUAUAUUCAACGCACAAAUACGCUAUUCUUCAACGCCUUGGUCAUGGAUCAAACUUGUCCGGGUAUUAUACAGAAUUCGCUAAAUGAUCGGGAGGACUUCAAUGAUUAUGCUUUCGAUAUUGCAUUUGCGGGCAAUAUACCGGAUAAGCCAUAUCCUAUAGAUCCCAUCACCAUGAUUGAGGCCAUUAAAAUGAGAAUCGACUAUGAACGCGAGGAGAUCCGGAAGAAAUGUCCGUAUUAUGACCCGGAUGAUGAUUCGAAAAAGGAUAAGGCCAAAUAUUACACUGGGCAAAGGAGAAAGGGAUCAAGCUCAAAAAAUGUACCGUAUAAUACCAUUAAUCGUCACUUUUGCUCGAAGAACAGAUCUGAAGUCAAUGAUGGAGUGCUGGCUUUUCUAAAAGCCGAAGAUGGCUACUUGUCAGAGCCCGACAGAAAUGCCCUGACCCGCUUUUCGGCCAACAUCAAUGCGCAUGAGUCGAGCUUCUUUGGUCUGCCCAUCAAGAUGAAGAUUUACAAUGCAACAACUUGGCCAAUCAGCUAAUCAAUGGCCCGCUCAACGGAAAAAUACCAGAAGACUUUUUUAAGUUUUACAGCA